UAAUUUUAGACGCAUCGCACUUGCGCGUCCAUUGCAAAAAAAAAAUUCCUGCACAGAGUUUUACAUGUUUGAUACAUCAGAUAUUAAAUAUCGUAAUGCAGGGGGAACCAUCAUAGUUGUGUGAAAAGUGUACCAUUUAUUGGUGAACAAUUACUCGUUCGCGACUCGUUUAAGUCUCGCUGGUCUCAUCCGCCGUGCGGCAUCUUUUCGUUUCGUGUUUUUUUUUGCACCCAAGCCAAAGUUGCGCCACUCAUACUCCCCUCUUACUUUGCGGGCCCGGCAGAGCAUUUCCAUCAAAAUGUCUUUGGAUGGCGCUAAAUUGCGGUAUGUGGACGAAAGCGGCUUGCCCGUGGUUGUGGCGGCCAAAGGACGCACCUUCCAAGUAGGCUCGUAUCUGAGCUGUGACCUGGUCCUGGAUGGGCCCCAGGUUGAGGAGGUGCUCUGCGAAAUAAAAUGCGACGCCUUCGGCAGGGUAACCAUCAACAACAAAUCGCGCAAGGAGCCCAUCCAUCUGAACGACAAGGUUGUCUAUGGCAAGCGGCCGCUGCUGCAUGGCGGACGCAUCACCAUACUCAAUCAGAUCUACACUUGGGAGUUUCCCAAGACCUCCGAGGCGGAGGAUGUGCCGCGCACUCCGGAACGUCUGUCGCCCAUCGAGCAGGCCUCCAACUCCUGUCCAUCCCUGAAGUUGCAUUCCCAUCGGCCUCAGAUCGACAAGCGUUUGACCGUGCACAACUUUCGCUAUUGCAUCAAUUCGGAUGACGAAGGCAACACGUCGAUAGAGUCGCGUGACCAAAGCGAUGCCCAUGUGGAGGCAGAUGAGAGCCAACGCUGCAAGACUCCGCCAAAUGCAGACGACGAGCCAGCAGCAACAGCUUCGGCAGCUUGUCAGACUCCGAAAGUAGAUCUUCUGGAUGCCACGCAAAACAAAGAGAACACAGCCACCCCACCAGCCAGUCACAAGAAGCUGCUGAAGCUCUGCGCCCUCUCCGAUGUGGUCAUCACCUCAUUUUCCCCCCGCGAAACUGGUGUCAAGACGGAGAAGUCCUUCACAUGUGUCCGCAAACCCAGCACGCCGACAAUCUCCACGCCCAAGAGCGUCUACAGCACGCCGAAGAGUGUGCUAUCGGAGCUGAAUGAGGACAGCUGCAGUCGGGAUCUGCUCGACUUCAGCACACCAUCCACAUCGAAGAAGGCCCGGCGGGAGACCUCCACCUCCAUGUAUCUCAUCGACCUGACAACACCACAAAAGCUGCGUCCCACGCUCAAGCUGACGCCCAUCAGUGUGUCCGACAGCGCCGAUGAGUCGUCAGAUGUCACGCCGCUCGUCAUAGACAUUACCAAAUCGGAUACGCCGCCAUCUCCUGCUCCGUCGCACCAACUGGCCAAGACACCCAAGCGACUGGCGGCUGCGGCGACCCCCAAGCGGACGCCACAAUCCCUGAUGAAACGGGCUCUGCUCACGAGUACCAAAAAGCAGAUUGCUGCGAAUCGGGUGGAGGCAACAACACCUGUGGCCACGCCCAAGCGCCCAUCUCUGUUGGAGGCGCGUCGUCAGUGCCUUACCACGCCCCGUCGCCUGCCCUUCCAUCCGCAGAAACGGACCCCUGCCCAACGAGCCGCCGAUCAGGAGAAAGCCAAGACACCCAGCACCUCGCCUCGGAAGCGCCCAUCUCUGUUCUUUGUGAGCCCCCGGGAGAACAAACUCUCCAAGAUGAGGAAGUCCCUGGCGGUGGCCAGACGCAGCCCCCAUGUGGAAAUGAGCAACAAGUUGGUGGCCAAGGCUCGACGCUCUCUCAGCAACUCUCCCCGAGACGGUUCCCCCAAGCCAGGGUCGACGCCUAGGAUCGGGUCACCCAGGCAUGGAUCGCCCAAGCCAGCCCUGUCCAUCACCCGAUCGACGCCUCAAACGAGCGAAAGCGAGGGGAAGGCAUUAAAUAUAUCUAAAAGCAAAUGCUCCACCCCAGAGAAACUUGACGAUUCCGAUGAUAACCUGAGCCGCACUUUUACCAUCAAUGAUCACGAUGAUGACGAAUGCGGAGAAGAGCCAAUCAAAGCGGGAUCUUCAGUCGAGGCUUUUGCUGCUUUGAUAACCGCAGAGAUGGACGGCACUGAAGCUGUGGCCACCAAGCCCAUAGAAGACAGCUUAAAGAGUCCCAGCCCAGUGGUAGCCGCUGAAGAGCCAUCAGUAGAUACAGGGGAUGCAGUAGAGGAGACUCCUGUCAUCGAUGAUAGCAUAUGUGAAGAGGUGCUCGUGGACUUGCCCGAGAAAAGCGACGAGGGUGCAGUUGUAAUUGAGGACAGCAUUUGCGAGGAGGUCCCCACAGAUCCGAAAUCUGAUGUGGAAGCUGCAGAAGUUCCUUCAGAGUCUUCAGAGAGUCUGAAAACGAAUAAACAGAACGAAGCUUCCGCUGUAGAACCCUCACCAGUUGAGCAGCCGGAUAUGGGAGUGGAAAAAGUAGCCCCAUCUUUAAAAACACCCCUGCCUAGGAGGAGCUCGCGCCGUCUCUCCGCCGACCAGAGGAUUGUGGCCACCACUCCGCGGCGCAGCACUCGUCGCGCCUCUGUCGAGGUUAAGUGCGAAAAAGAUGCAAUCAGCCAACGCACGCGACGCGCCUCUUUCUCAUCGGCCGACACCCAGGCCUUGGCCACGCCCACGCGAAAGCGGCGCCUGACCGAGGACAUGGGCACGCCAACGCGGCAGUCGAAGCGCCUUCUAAACACGCCCAAGCGGACCAAUUUAGUCGAUGAAUCAGUCGGCGACAUGGGCGCCAUUGUGGAGGAAGUUGCUACAGCAGAUGACGAAAGGGCAGCCGCUGAAGAUGAAGAUUAUGGCACAGAACUGGUCACAGAUGAGCCCGACCAUGUGGACUAUCACGGCCUGAGAGAUUUGCUAAAGACGCCCAAAAACUGCAGCACGCCGCUGUUCAAGGGAUUGCGGGAACUGAUGCAGACACCCAAGAUGCCUGCUUCGCCCAUACUGGGCAACAUUGAGGAGCUGCUGGAGGCCUCUGACAGCGUCUCAGACACACCCCGCAGGAGCAGGCAGAGACCACUAGCGGAAGGUGCGGAGGGCAGGGACCUCGACAAGAUUCUGAAGACUCCCAGCGCCAAGAAUAUUAUGGUACCCAAUGAGCCAGCCAGUGCGGUGUUGCAUUCGCGCAAGGAAUCUAACAGAGACUCGGUGGUGUUGAGGUACGACCUGAGCGUUGGAGGACUCACCCUGCCCUUGGACAAUAUCUUUCACGAUGUCCCCAGCACGUCCGCUGCACACGUGGAGGACACUGAAACCGAAAUAAAUGUGACCACCGUGAGCAUGGCGACUGACGCCGAUCCGCUGGCUGCCUACAAGCAGAACGACUCGGUCUCGUCGGAGGACCUGAUGAAUUUGAGUGCGGCCCCGACUUACAGCAAGACUGCGACGACCAGCACCACCUACAAAGCUGCCAUCAGGGCAGACUUGGAGCUCAGCACACUGACCGAGGAGGGAGGGGAGGCGUCUAGGCCCACCUCGUCAAGCGUCAAUGACAUAAGCGGCAUACAGCUGCUGGAUCAGACCUCGGACUCAAUGUUCUCAGACCCUCUGAUAGUGUCUGUCUCCGGUGUUGAAUCGGGCGGCGUGACCGUGGAGGAGACAAAGGUUCAGACCAUCCGUCCGCCAUCUGUCCCGAUCCCAGGUGACGAUCGCUCUGACACUGACUCAAUCAUUGGCAUGAGCGAGCCCUUGGUGUUCAGCGAUGAUGAGGAGGAUGCUGAACCGACAGAGACAAUUGCAGAGCAUGAAGUCAUUCCCAAGAAGAAGGUGGGGGAAGAAAUCAGCAGUAGAUUCCUUGAGGAGCCCAGCGAAUACGCUGCUACAGAUGCAACGGACACAAAUGGCAAGGAUGUGCCUAGAUCUGUCGAGGAAUCCAUGGGAGCUGACACACCAGCUGUAGACUCUUCAGUUGAUGAGAUUUCUUUGAUUGAGGUGCAAGAUAUCACGGCUGAAAGCAGCAUCAAUGCCACCAAACCCAGCGAAACCCCAGGCAAAACUCUGACUCUGCCCAACGAUUCUUCACUGGUAAUUGAACUGGAUUCAAGCGAAGGCACCGAACCGCCACAGGCUAAAGCAACGGAUGUCUCCUCUGUCUUGGAGGCGACGACCACAGAGUCCGAGAGCUAUCCUCUCGACUCUUCAAUCGAGUAUUCGGCCAUCGAAUUGAAUGUCUCAAGCUGUAGCAUUGCAAAUGCUUCCAUAAGCAGUAUCAGCCAGUCAUCGGCUACUCCUCCAAUCGCAAGUAAGGAAAUCGUACCUGGAGUAUCACCCCAGGAGUUGCCAGAGGAAAGCGCAGGAGAAAAGUCAGAGGUCGAAGUCGAUUCGUCGCCCAAAGAGUUGGCAGACGAAAGCACCACGGACAAGGUCACUGAAAGGACGCCUCUGGAAGAGACGUCAGAACGAAAAUCACCAAUCAAGCGGACACCAGAGGAUACAGACGAACAGGAGAAGGUGACUUGUGAAGAAUCUCCAGCUCCAAAAGGAAGUGAUGAUAUCCCAUCAGUUGAGAAUAGUUUGGAUAUCGUUGAGCAAACGCCAGAAGCAAACAAAACGCCUGCCGAAGCAUCUUUGGUUGAGGAAGGAACUGAGGAAGAGAAUGUACAGGGUGUUUCGGCUGUUGUAAACGCUAUUCAAGAUACAUUUGAUUCCGAAGAUCAACAGAUACUAAAAACGGUCGAACGCGAAGCCGAAGAAUCGCAAGCUUCAAUUGCGCCUGAAACAGCUGAAGAACCGGAAAGCGAAGCGGUUCCUGCUGCUGAUUCUGCAAGUGAACCAGCCAAAGAAGAAGCCCAUAGUCUGGAAGAUGACGCAAAUGUGGUGGACGUUACACAAGAAAUCAGCAUAGCUGAGAAUCGAAAGGAGGCUGAGACACUACCUGAGGAUGGGAAAAUUCAUUUGGAUGCAUUCAGCGUUACAGAAACCGUUGACGAGUCUGUUGAAGAGUCAAUCAUCGAUCAACCGCAAGUAGCUGAAGCAGCUUCAACCGAAGAAUCUUUAAUCGAAGUCGUCCCAGAUGGAUCCUUAGUUAAAGAGGUUCCAGAUGAAUCCCUAGUGGAAGAGGUUCCAGAGGAAUCCUUCGUGGAAGAGGAAUCUUUGAUUGAAGACGUUCCAGAGGAAUCUUUAGUUAAAGAGGUUCCAGAGGAAUCCUUAGUGGAAGAGGUUCCAGAGGAAUCCUUAGUGGAAGAGGAAUCUUUGAUUGAAGUCGUUCCAGAGGAAUCUUUAGUUAAAGAGGUUCCAGAUGAAUCCUUAGUGGAAGAGGUUCCAGAGGAAUCUUUAGUGAAAGAGGUUCCAGAGGAAUCCUUAGUGGAAGAGGCUCCAGAGGAAUCCUUAGUUGAAGACGUUCCAGAGGAAUCUUUGAUUGAAGUCGUCCCAGAAGAAUCAUUGAUUGAAGAGGUUUCAGAAGAAUCUUUAGUUGAAGAGGUUCCAGAGGAAUCUUUGAUUGAAGAGAAUCAAGACGAUUCCAUUGCAUUGGAAACAACUCUAGAUGAGAUUCGCUCUGAGGUUCAGCAGACCAAUGGUCCCAGCCAAAAGGAGAAGGAUGAUGGGACCACACUGGACGUGCCUACCAAUGCUGAAGCAAAUGAGAAACCUGCAGCUGGCGUGGAGGUCGCCAACGCGGUUUCCGCAGAACCAAAUAAUCUGGAUGAGUCAACUGCAGUGGAUCCAACGCAGGAUAUAAGCUUAGCUGAGAAGAUAAAGGAUAGACAGACAGAUGAGGUUAUUCAAUUGGAUGCCUCAAACCGUCUUGAAGAUGUUUCUACUAUCGAGGAAAUGCCUGAGCCUGAAGCAUGUCCAGUCGAAGUAUCUGCAGAUAAAAUGAUCAAAGAGGAUGCCAUUCAAGAAGAUGCAAAGCAAGCAUUGGACACAACCAAAAACGAGAGUCCAAGUGGAGGUGAACAGAGCAAUGGCCAGGACGUGGAAACUGACGAGAAACCUGCUUCCAGCGACGAAUCUUUAAUCGAACAGCCUGAAGAGGUUUCCAUUCUGGAAGCAUCAAGGGACAUGGAUGUCACGCAAAGGGAGGACAUCCCUGAGGUCGUAAACGAAGCAGAGAGAUCCCCACCGCAAGAACAAGAACCUGCUAGGGAGAACGGAAAUGACGUCAUCCAAUUAGAUGCCUCCAACAAUUUUGAAUAUGUGGAGGAAGCCCCAGAAGCUCGCAAGCCACCAAGCGAUGAACCACUUAAAGCAGCUGAUGAAGAGGUCGCAGCCCAAGAAGCGAAGACAUUGCCCUUGGAGGAGCCUUCAGUCCAGAGGAAAUCGACAAACGAAGACAAAGUCAUUACAGUCGAGGUUUCGGGCGAUGCAGAAACCCGUGCACCCGUCAUCGAACAGUCAUUUUCUGACAAAGAAUCACCUGUCCACACGACGGAGGAAGAGAAGACUGAUGCGAUCUCAGCUGUGGACCCAAAAGCAACACCGACAACCACAGCCGCAGCCAUCGAGUUACCCAAAGAAAGCGAAACAAUGUCCACAUCUGAUGCAGAAGUCAUCCAAGAGGCAGCUACAACCAACGAAGUGGCUGCUGUUCAAGAGGAUUCAACUCCAGAUGAACCCAAAGUACAAGAAAAGAUUGCUGUAACACCAGAGCUGAAUAUUCAACAAGAAACUGAAACUGAAACCGAACCUGAAGCUAAAGCCGAACUUCAUGACGGAUCCAGUGCAAUUGCGGAAGCUCAAGAGAGCCCCCCUUCAGUUGAGGAGUCUGCAGAGGUAGUAAAGGAACUGCCACAAUCAUCACCAGAGAAAGAAACAUCACAGACUCAUUUGGAAUCCUCCAAGGGACCUGUCUCUAGUGCCCCAAUUGCCAUCGCAGAGGAAAGCAGCCCUCUACCUGCAGUUGAGGAGCCUGUAAAUCAUUCAUUACCAGAAAAAGAAGAGGAACGCGCAGAGAUUCGCUCAGAACCCUGCAAGGAACCUGUUCCCAAUGCUCCACCUCCAAUUGAGGAGCCAUUAGGGGAAGUAAAGGAACUCUCCCAAUCAUCAUCAGAGAGGGAAGAGGUAUCAGCAGUGAUUCAAUCAGACUCUUCGAAGGAACCUGUUCCCAAUGUUCCAAUUUCCAUCGAUGAUGAAAGCACACCUUUAUCCACCGAGGAAAUUCAAUCAGUUUCCUCCUCAACGUCAGAGUCUGAAGAAGUAAUCGAUGAGACGCCCACAAAUCAAUCCCUAAUCGGUUUGAAUGCUGAAAACAUUCUGGAAAACAGACCCAGACCGUCUGCCAAUACAGGUCAAAGUGCGAACGAGGAGAUCCAAAUAAUAUCAGACGAUAGUCAGUCAGUGUCAUCCCCAAGAGAAGAAACUUCUAGCCAAGAUGAUGAUGAGGAUGAUGAGGAUUCUGUGGCCAUGGACAUGCUGGAAGAACAAGCCGAGCCUGUGGAUCUGCAUGUGAAUCGAAGGGAAACGACUACCAAAGUGCUCCCCUCUAAUGUCCAAAUGGAUGACGUCGUGAUUGAAUUGAGCGACUCAAAUUCGAGCCACGCCCCGCAGGAAAAAGUCCCGACACGAAGUGCAACACCCACAGUGGAAGCUGCCACAGAAGCACCUGCAGUCGAGCAACCUUCGUCUUCGGGUGCUCCCGCUGAGGUGGUGCAACCCAAAGGCGGCAUUUCUGUUACUGAUCCUGAUCCUGCAAAGGAAACUGAAGUUCCAGUCACAACAACUGAUGAUGCACCAAGUGAGGCGGCCACAGUUGAGCCUACUCCCGGCCAAGGCGUUGAAUCCCCAACUGAAAUGAAAUCUGCUCCAGAGGGCGGGGCCUCGAUCAGUGUCGAAACGCAGGCGGCGCCUGUGGAAACUGAUUCUGAACAGAACAAAAGGCAAACGUUAGCGACGGAGAAGCAGCUCGAAAGUAAUUCUGAAAACGGAAAUCAAUCGCUUGUAGAAAAAAUCUUGAAAAAAGUUGAACCAGAGACAAAAACAGAAAACCGGGAAAAGCAAGAGGCAGAGGUGGCAGCAGAAGGGGCAGCCAAGCAGGGGGCAAUGAAGGUAACAAGACUAGAGCGCAAGGACGAGCACUCGCACGCUAAGGAGGAGGUACUGCCUGCCGCCAAGAGGGUAACCAGAAAGGGCUCGUCCGUGGAGAGAAUUACAGAGGCCAGCGACUCGGAGAGGCCAAGGAGGCGGGGUCGCAAACCGACCGCCGAGGAACAGCCGAUCCUCGAGGAUAAGGAAGCCAACAUGGAGACGGCCAAGAGACGGGGACGAAAGCCGUCCAAAGAAGUAGACGAAGCGAACCCAGAGCCAGAGACGUCCAAAUCCAAUCUGGAAAAGCCCAAGCGACGUGGACGCAAGCCAUCAGCAGAGGAGGCAAAGGACAACGAAGCCAAGAACAAGGCGGAGGGGAUUCUGAAUGCCAUCGAAGAGGAAGAGAUGCCAUCCGAGCAGAGUAAACAGAAGAAGGAGCUGCUACCUUUAACUACAGAAGCUCGACCUGAGACAGCGAAGCGACGUGGACGGCUUCCAUCGGCGGAGAAGAAUGAACCACAGAAGGCCAAAGCCCAGGAGAUCGUGGCCCCCGUCAAAGAAGAUCACACAGUGGACUCCGAGCUCAGGAAGCCCCCAAAGGAGGUUCUGCCUGAGACAUCGAAGCGACGCGGACGACCUCCAUCUGCAGAGAAGGAGGCCGCAAAGGAUGAUACACAGAACCCCAAAGCCCUGGGGCUUCUGGCAGCUAUCAAAGAAGAUCAAGCAGCUGGGGCUGGGGCUGAACCAAUGAAGCCCCUAAAACGAACCCGUAAGUCCUCGGAGCGUGUAAAAACUGAACAGGCCAGCCAGCCAACAGCCACUAAAGAGGAUCAGACAGAUGCCCAGGCAGACAGACCCAAGCGACGUGGACGCAAGCCUUCCGUGGAUGUCGAGCUGGCAGCUCCGGAUGUCCUCGAGAAGCCCAGGCGACGGGGACAGAAAGCAGACGCAACAGCAGAUAAAGAACCAGCAUUAACGAAGCGCAUUGCUUCAGCGGAGCCCGUGGAUCCACAUCUGGAGGAGAUCACUGAGGAAAUCGAGCAAGAGCCAGAGCCAAAGAAGCUGCUGCUGGACGAGGAGGAGCAAAAGACGCGUCGACGCGGACGCAAACCCACAACCGAGUCGGUGGAUGUACCCGAGGAGCAUGUCGAGGCAACCAGCUCCCGGCGACGCGGGCGCAAGGCGACCGUAGAAGAAGCUAAGGUCGACCAGGCGGAGCCAAAGUCAAAGCGUCACAGCGCAGAAGGUGCACCCCUGGAGGCUCCUCUUCCCGAGAUCCAGGAAGCAUCAACAGCCAGCGUGAAGCCAGCACGACGAGGUCGCAAACCAAGCGUGGAUGUGGAUCUGGCAGAGAAGAAAAAGCCAACGCGAGCUGUCCGGAAACCAUCGGCGAGUAUCGACGAGGGGACACCCCAAGCCAAAAAGACAACGGCGCGACGAGGACGCAAAGCCUCCGCCAAGGAAGAAGGCAUCGAUGCGCAGCUCACUAACCAAGAAGCUCCCACAGGAAUCGUUCCGACCGUCACUGCCACCGCUUUGGGCUCCCCAGAGAAACCCAACGAUGGGGUGUACUCCUCGCCCUCCCACACCGAGGAUGAGCUGACACCACGACGACGCGAAGGACGGAAUAUUCCGCGGAAGAACUACACAGAAGUCCCCGACGAUGACAAGCCUAGCUCUGGAUCACGACGCAACCGCAAGCCGGUGACCACUGGCAAGGCAGCAGCCAAUACGCCCGUGGUGGAGGAGACUCCCACAACGCCAACACCCUCUCAAAAGGGUCCACCGACCGAGGAGCCAGCCACAGCCACCCCGACCACCCCGGAGAUACCCACGGUGACUCUGCCGGACCCCACAACUUCGAAGAGGCGUGAGGGACGCAAUCUGCCGCGGAAGAACUACACAGAAGCCCCCGACGAUGACAAGCCGACCCCGUCCCGCAGCCGGCGCCAGAGGAAUCCGACAGUCAAGGCCCUGGAGCUGAUUGUAGACACCACGCCCAGACCAGCCACGCCCAGGCGACGCAAGGGCAAGGCAGGCGCUGAGGAGCCGCACGAGGAGGAGCCUCCAGUGAAGAAGGCGGUCACAGAAGUUGCAGAGGAUGCACCAGCGGUGGCAACGACCGCCGCUGUUAAAGGACGUGGCACCCGUCGCAAGGCCGAGGAUGUGGCCGAAGCAGAGUCUGCAGAGAUGGAGGAGGCGGAGCCCAAGGCAGCGGCCAGGAAGAAUGCGCGUGGCAACGCACGCAAAGCCAAAGUCGGGACUGAGCCAGACCCAGAGGCUCAGCCGGUCGCCAAGAAAGCACGUGGUGGAGCCCGUGCCAAGACCCCAGUGGUGAUGAUUUCCGACGGGGAGCAGCCGGAGCCUACAAAGGAGCCGGUGGUGGCUGUGGCCGCCAAGAAACCAGCAGGCCGUGGACGCGGAAGAGCUGCCAAGGCAGCCCCAAUUGUCGAACCAGAGGCAGAGCAGCCAGCUCCGUCAACGGAAGCCGCUGCCCCAUCAGCCCCGACGGCACGCAGUGGCCGUGCCAAGAAGGUUCACUUCGAGGCCACUCCGGCCGUGGCAGAGCCAGCCUCCAGCAACGACGAGGCGCCCAAGAGAGCCACACGCUCCCGCCGCAAAUAAGGAACUGGUUUUCAUUUGCCAUCUUGCACUUAACCCAAUUGUUUUAUAUAUAAAUAUUCUCUAUCGUACAAUUUUUGUUAUGCUUUCACACACUUUACGAACUUCUGUAUAAUAUAAAAUUUCAUACAUUCAUACAUCUAUCGACAGCUCGAUUAUGCAUGGUUAUCUCUAAGCUCUAUCGUUAAUACUACGUACAUAUAUCCUAUCCCCUGUCAGCCCCGCAAAAGGUUCCCAUCCCCUUGCUCAGAAAUGUAAAACCCUAAUAGACUUAGGCAUACCAUAUACACAAAUAUACAUAUACAUACAUACAUAUAUAUAGUAAGACAUCCCCAAAUAAUAAAGAAAACUGAAA